AUGACCUCGACCCCCACCAACGGAUCGACCUCACUCUCGUCCUCGACGGUGCCCAUCACGCCCAGUACGCGAUACUCGGUCGAGAUCGCCCAGAUGCUGUUCGUGCUGGGACGACGAGCGGAUGUGGACCGUGAUUUGGAUGAGGAGGUGUUGGCCUACCUCGAACAGAUCGUGCAGUCCCAAUUGGUGGACAUGGUACGCACACUACGAUCGCCCUUGUUCUGCAUUCAUCGAAUGCUGAUCAGCUCUUUGUAUUUCCCCCCUGGAAUCAGGUGACCGAAGCCCGUUCGCUCGCCGCCCGUCGCGUCGGCUCAACUUCCUCCGGAACAGGUCUAGGAUCCAGUUCGACGCGUCAACUCCAGGUCGACGAUCUCAUGUUCCUCAUUCGUCAUGAUACGACCAAGUUGAACAGGCUCAAGACGUAUUUGGGCUGGAAGGACGUGCGUAAAAAGUUCAAAGAGUCCGAUCAGGAUGAUGAACCGGAAGUCAUGGACGAACCGGUCGCUGUGGCAGGUGAGUAGGCUCAGCGAGAUGAAAACUCUGCCGAUACAUACGCUCAUUAACGAUUGGCGGACAGACCGAUCGACUUCUGAACGAGCGUACCGAGUGCCGAACAAGAGCAUCAAAUUGCCCUGGGAGAUCACGACCAUCUACGGCGAUUGCUUGCCCGAAACUUCCGAAGACGAGGACGCCCAUUUCGAACUCACGCGUGAGAUGAAGAAACAGUUGGAGGUGAGCUUUGUGAUGCAGCUGGUAUCGAGCUUGUCGGAGGAUCUGGAUCGCUAAACGGCAGUGGCUUGUUGCCCCCCCCCCCCCCUCCCUCCGAGCAGGAUGCGGACGAGUUGACCAAAUACAUGACCAAAGACGAGUACAACUUCUACACCGAGUGUCGUCACGCAUCAUUCGUCUACAAAAAAGGUGAAUCGAAUACCUCACAUCCUCCUAGCCCAUUCUUCACUCGCUGACCCCUGCCCCUCCCUUCUUCGAUGCACCAGGCAAGAAAUUCCGUGAAUUCCUCAACCUCGGCAUAGUGAUCGAAUCGACCUUGACCGACGACGUCUUAGACGUUCUCGGUUUCCUAGCAUUCGAAAUUAUUCGAACGAUCUCGGAGGCCGGUUUGGAGUUGAGGAAGAUUGUGACGCUUGCUAAGGCGGAGAAUGCGUUGAGAUUGUUGAGGAGGGAGAAGGAGGAGGAGAGGGGGAGGAGGGAGGAGGAAGGGGAGGGGAAAGGGAAGGUUGAGGGGGAAAAUAAAAGGGGGCUCAAAGGGAAGGGUGCGAAGGAGGAGGGCAUGGUGGUGGAUGGGACGGAAGGGGACGAGGAAGAAUUGAAGAUGGAUCCACCGCCUGUUUCACCUAGUAAAAGACAGCGCAAGAUCGAGGGAUCCACAUCCACACCCAACGCCAAAGAAUCGACUGACACCAAAGAUGCUCCGACGAAAUCGGCCUCGACCUCGUCCCCACCUCGACCAUACAGUAUCCCCACAGGGCUAUUCUCCGCCCCGCCAGAACCCGUUUCAAAAUCCUCCCUGGUCACCACUCCAGGAGGGACUCAUCGUCUAGGAGCCGAACAGAUAGUUCAAGCUCUCGUAGGGGAAGUCACGACGAAGGAGAGACAGGCCUUACAAUGGGGGGAUGUACAUGGUGGGGUUGAGGCGUGGCAGAGGGGGAGGAAUGGGCUCAAGAAGAGUGGGAUGGGCAAUUGGAGAGCAGGGGUGCAGAGGGUGCCUUCGAGGUUUUUCUAG